AUGGCGCGCCGUGACAGCAAGUCGUGGCGGCGGUCUCGCACCCUCUCGACCGCGUUUCUGUCCGACUCGGCGCCGACAAAGGGCUCAAGUCUACUCUCCAGGCUCCGUCUGCGAGCCAUCGCGCCACCCGCCCUUGUUGCCCUCGCCGUCGUCGCCUGCCUCGUCCUCCUCCGAGCGGGCACGACUUCAGUACCGCCUCCCUCGUCCGUCGACAACAAAAACACCGCGCACGCCGCGCAGCACCCCAACUUCGACUUUGACGCGCACAUUGAGCAGCACGCGGCGCCGGGCAGGGUCCUCGGCGAGGACGACGACGACACGGCGGCGGGCGAGGUGGCAGACGAGGACGAGGCGGGCACGGCAGAAGAAGCCGUUGAGGACAUCGACGGUGAGGGCGAGGACGAGACGGACGAGGUGGAUGGCGGCGAGUUGCCCGCACCGCGGCCAGGGACGAGCCUCGCGCCGCCGUUCCUCCCGUUCACCUGCGACGACUGCUCGUCCGCCUCGGCGCGCCACCCGUCGGCGCCCGUCUGCGCCAAGUACCGCGGCACCUCCCCUUCCUCCUCGUCAACCUCCUCCUCGUCCUCGGCGCACGCCUCGCCGCACCACUCGGGCCUUCACCCCGACAUCCUCGACCACUCGGUCCUGUUCGCCGGCACGGGCGCCGAGGUGCGCCGCGUGCUCAAGCGCGCGAUGCGCAGCAGCCUGUGGGCGGCCAAGCGUGCGAGGGAGGGCACCGAGGAGGACGUGCAGCGGGCCGAGGGGGAGGAGCCGUUUCGCAUUCUCGUUCUCGGAGGGUCCGUGUCCAACUGCCGAGGCGUCGACCCGAAAACGACGUGCUGGCACGCCCACGUCCUCCGGUGGUUCCAGAAGAUGCUCCCGAUGGAGGGCGACCGCGACCUCGUUCCCGACCAGCCGUCGCUCCUCGUCCCUCAAGCCGAGUCGCUCCUCCCGAUCGUCCAGCAGCGCGAGCGCGCGAGACGCUCGACCUCGCCGCCGCCGCCCGAGGACGCACCACUCGCGCCCGCACCGCCGCAUGCCGACACGGCCCACCUCGUCGCGCGAGCCCUGUCGCCCAAACACAAGACGGCCAAGAAGAAGAAGAAGAAGAAGGCCAAUGCCAAGGCGGGCGCGAGCAAGGGCCGUCGGCGGCCCUCGACCAAGCUCAUCAACGGCUCGAAGAGCGCAACCGGCUCGGCCUUUUUCGCCUUCUGCUUCGACGAGGAGAUGACGCUCCGGCGCAAGAACGUCGACUGGGGCCUCGGGCCCGACCUCGUCCUCCUCGAGACGGGCGUCAACGACGUGUGGCCCGGCGGCGAGCGCGCGACGCGCGACUUUGAGAAGCUCCUGCGCACGCUCCGCACGCUGCCGAGCCAGCCGGCCGUCAUCGCGGUCGAGGCGGCCAGCCUGUUGCUCGCGUCAACGACGUCGAUGGCGUCCAACGCCGAGUACGACCACCUGCCCGCCGCGCACUUUUACGACGUGCCCGUCCUGUCGGUCAAGCAGGCCCUGUUCGGCUCGGUCGCCGGCCUCUCCCCUCCUCCACCGCCUUCCUCGACCUCCGACGCCGUCUCGUUAUCGUCAUCGCCCGACUCGACCGUCACCAAGAUCGACGACCUGUUCCUCCCCGACCUGCAUCACCCGAACGAGCGCGGCCACGAGCUCCUCGCCGACGUCCUCAUCUCGUUCCUCGAGCAGCAGGCGUGCGUCGCCCAGUCCGAGCUCCUCGCCAUCGCCGACGACCGCAUCCGCUCGACGCCGCCGCGCCUCUUGCCGACCGGCACCGUCGCCGACGACCAGCGCGUCGACCCGUCGCUCGACUUCCUGUCGCGCAAGGCCGAGCCCGUCCGGCCUCUCCCGGCGCGCAGCCUCUUUACACCGUUCGCGUUCGACAAGAAGGGCCGCAAAAAGGCCGACGAGUGGUGGGACCUGCCGGCGCCGAGGUGCAUCCAGGUCGGCAACGCCAAGACGACGGUCGAGCCGGUCCAGAACCGCGGGUGGACCAAGCUCGCGUGGGCUCGCGACAAGCAGUACCUCGUCGCCGACACGCCGGGCGCGAGCGUCACGUUCCGGGUCGAGGUCGGCGCGGGAGGGACCGUCAUGGCCGACUGGCUCCACUCGCGCUUCUACGACCUCGGCGACGUCUCUGUCUACCUCGACGGCGACAAGGCCAAGGCCGCCAAGCUCGCCGGCUACUGGGACCUCGGGUGGUCGAUCGGCGUCCCGACCGAGGUCUUUACGGGCGUCGCGCCCGGCCCGCACGACGUCACGUUCGAGGUCCUCGCCGCGAGCGAGUCAUCGCACCCGUCGCGCAAGACCAACUUUCGCCUCAUUGGGCUCAUCACGACGUGACGGGCCAGAGCGGCGGCGGUGAGGCGGGAGGAGGUGGGCGAAGAGGGAGAAGGUCGGAGCGUCGCACACCGGCUCGCAGGCUCGAGCCAGCUUUAUCCUCCUCUGCUGCAUACCAGAACACGCAUUUUUCCUCUC